CCGCGCCGCCGCCGCCGCCGCCGCCGCCGCCGCCUCGCCUGCCGGCCUGAGAGCGGGACCAUGGAUGAAAGGUUCAACAAGUGGCUGCUGACGCCGGUGCUCACUCUCCUCUUCGUGGUCAUCAUGUACCAGUACGUGUCCCCCUCCUGCACCAGCUCCUGCGCCAACUUCGGGGAGCAGCCGCGCGCGGACGACGCCGGCCCGCCCGCCGCCCCGGGUCCCGCCCGCCGGGCACAGGCGCCGCCGGAGCAGGGGGAGCGGCGGCCCCAGCUGCCCCCGCCCCCCCGGGGGCCGCCCGAGGGCCCUCGGGGGGCCGCGGCGCCGGAGGACGAGGACGGGGAGCUCGGGGAGCCGGAGGAGGACGACGACGACGAGGAGGAGGAGCCGGACUCCGAGGCCCCCGAGAACGGCUCCCUGCCCCGCCUCGAGCCGCGCUUCAACUUCAGCCUGAAGGACCUGACCCGCUUCGUGGAUUUCAACAUCAAAGGGCGCGACGUGAUCGUGUUCCUGCACAUCCAGAAGACCGGGGGCACCACGUUCGGCCGCCACCUGGUGAAGAACAUCCGGCUGGAGCAGCCGUGUAGCUGCAAAGCGGGCCAGAAGAAGUGCACCUGCCACCGGCCCGGCAAGAAGGAGACGUGGCUUUUCUCCCGCUUCUCCACCGGCUGGAGCUGCGGGCUGCACGCCGACUGGACGGAGCUCACCAACUGCGUGCCGGCCAUCAUGGAGAAGAAGGACUGUCCCCGCAACCACAGCCACACCAGGAAUUUCUAUUACAUCACCAUGUUACGGGAUCCGGUGUCACGAUACCUGAGCGAGUGGAAACACGUCCAGAGGGGGGCCACGUGGAAAACCUCCCUCCACAUGUGUGAUGGGAGAAGCCCCACCCCCGAUGAGCUGCCUACCUGCUACCCAGGGGACGACUGGUCUGGGGUCAGCUUGCGGGAGUUCAUGGACUGUCCCUACAACCUGGCCAACAACCGGCAGGUGCGCAUGCUGGCCGACCUCAGCCUGGUGGGCUGCUACAACCUGACAUUCAUGAACGAGAGCGAGAGGAACACCAUCCUGCUGCAGAGUGCCAAGAACAACCUGAAGAACAUGGCCUUCUUCGGGCUCACGGAAUUCCAGAGGAAGACACAGUUUCUCUUCGAGAGGACAUUCAACCUCAAGUUUAUCUCCCCGUUCACGCAGUUCAACAUCACGCGGGCUUCCAACGUGGACAUCAACGAGGGCGCCCGCCAGCACAUCGAGGAGCUCAACUUCCUUGAUGUGCAGCUUUACGAGUACGCAAAAGAUCUCUUCCAGCAGCGCUACCACCACACCAAGCAGCUAGAACACCAGAGGGACCGGCAAAAGAGGCGGGAGGAGCGCAGGCUGCAGCGGGAGCAUAGGGGCCACCGGUGGCCCAAAGAGGAUGGGAACACGGAGAGGGCAGUCACUGAGGACUACAACAGCCAGGUGGUGAGAUGGUGACCCCCUGCCAUCUCCUUCCUCGGGAGGGGAAGGACGAGCAGGUGCACUGACCUUCUGUGGCGCUGGUUACCUUGGAGGACGAUGGGCCAUUCUGAGGACAUCUGGCUGUAUGUGGCUUGAUUUGGACACCUGCUUCCUCUUUGUCUUCAUCUUUAUCCAGCCGGAGAUGAUCUGUCUUCUUUUUUUUCCCUGACAUUGUUCAAUCUGUGAUAUUAAGUAGGGUAGGAAUGAAUCCAAGAGAGACAUCCUUAGGAGGGCAAGGAGAGAAGCACCAGAAAGGAAACAGUUGUUGAAAAUAUCCUUUGCAGCACCAUGGGAACCCACAGAGGCACACAUAAAAAGCCAGACUAUGACUUGGAUGUUCUGCUAAAACUGGUCUGUUUCACACUGUCUCUGUAAUGGAAAUACUGGUCUGUCCAGAGAGAGAGAGAGAGAGAGAAAGAAGUCCCUUCCAGCCCUUAGAUGAGGUUUUAUGCCAACCCUCACUUGGCUGUUGGCUCUUGUCUUAAACCCUGUUUGAAUGUGGUUUAAAUCCUAAGUAGCCAGUGUUUUGUUGUUGCGGUUGUUUUUAAACAAGAUUACCCUACUCCUGGCCAUCACUGGAGACUCGCACCCCACAAAGCCCCUACGUCUUAGCCCGGAGCCACGCUUCCUCUCCCUAUCUUUUAGGGAACAGCUAGUGGAACCAGGACAGAUGUGCCAGGCCCCUGAGAAAUGAGUGUUGGUCCCUACCAUUUAGGAGAAAAUAUGCUUAUUAACUAAUGCCUAAGGAGAUCACACUGUAUCGAUUUUAUUUUCAUUCGAAAAGAACUGACUAAUAAAUGAAAGGGGGGAGAAAAGCAGGAGGAUAACUAAAUGACGUCUCAAAUCUCCAAACAGGCUUCAGAACUUUUAGUUUUUUUCAGGAAUGUUUGCAUUUUACCUCCUUGGCGCAGGCAUCAUCUUUGAUAUGGUACUGACAAGUUUGAAAUUCUGUUGUCACAGAGGCAAAGAUGUUUAAAACAAAUUUGGCCCAAAAAUUAGGAGCUUAGCUAGCCCAAGUGCAAAAGAUCUUCAAGGUCACUAAAUAAAUGAUAGCCAGUUUAGGCCAGGAGACACAGAGGAACUCAGUGGGCUGGUUGUCCCAGGAGUUUAGACAGACUCUACCUCCCAACAUCUUGAGUAUCUCCAGCCUGGUAACUUUCUUCUACCCACGGAAUCUUCACCUGUUGUUAGGCUGUGGCUGUAGCUGGCAGCUUGGCUGGAGUGUAUAAAGCAGGAAGGGAAAAUGUGCUGCAUUGCCAAUUGCUUCUUAUUUUCAAAUUUUCCCAGUCACAACUACAAUAACACAAAGUUCAUCGAAUAAUAAGGGGAGAAGUAUGGAAAAGGGAAUAGAAAGCCCUUGCCUGGCAUUCAGUAACUGGAUCAGAGUGGGUAGAAAGUUUCACAACAUUGAUCUGAUCAAUCCUUUCAAGGAGCUCAAGGCAAAAUGACUGAAACCCCUAAAUCAGAUUGAAAAGCCUAUUUCAUUGAUAUCUAGCAUGUUUGAUGUUUAAGCCAGCUUUACAUAAGCCACGUCUCAGCCUCCAGAAUACUCUCUCUGGGGUUGAGAGUCAAUCAACCCACAAGCAUUCAUAGAGUGCCUGGCUGCGCAGAGGGGAGCCCAGUGUCUCCAUCAGAGAGAUUUGGAGAAGCGGCUUUGAUGCUUCUCUCACUACCCUUGGUUUCAUCUGCCAUGUGAGGGAAGGCAUUAUUGGGGACCUCCCUUGUGUCAGUUACUGUGGGAGACUAUUCAUACUUUAAAUCUGUUCACAACAAGGUAGAUAUUAUUAGGCCCAAUUACGUAGAUAAGAAAAGUGAAACCCACAGACAAUAAGUAGCUUCCUCCUGGAUUGUAUGCCAGGCCUGGCAGACUGCAGAGUGCAAGCUCUUUCUACUCCAUCAUGUUUUCCAUGUGGGAUAAAAGCUUCCUGCCAAUCAUGCAAGAAGCCAGCUAUUAUAACCCUGAAGGAUUGGUCUCUAACCCACGUGUGUGGUACAGCUGCGACAGCACCAAGCCGGCAGUGACCCAGAGCCAUGCUGCCUUGGGUGAGUCCAGCCCUCUCCACAUCCCUGACCCACCAACAAGCUGAGAGAUCGAUUACUUUUUAGGCUCUUACACUUUUCGAGACAUACAUACUAAAGGGACCAAGUAAAUAUUGCUUGCUAGCUGGUAGAAAUUAGACUCACAAAAUAUUAGCUUUUCCCUUACUGACAAUUUGUUCCUGAGAUAGAGAGGGAAGACGAUUAAGGCUACAAUUAAUGAGCAGCUCUCUCUCUCUCUCUCUCUCUCUCUCUCUCUCUUUGCAUUUCGAUGUUAAGAUCUAAUGUUCUGCCUAGAAUGGCAGAGCUGCAAAUUAUCCUUCAGUCUGCCACUGUGACACACACAUACACACACGCGCACACACAUGCACACACAAUAACAAUCCAGUGUUUUGUCAUGUAGAAAAUCAAAACAAGUUAGAAAGCAUUCAGAUUGUUUCUUUUAAACUCACUUUAAAUUUUUGGCAGGGAAUUCAUGCAUAGCUGAGACUUGGAGGCAGCUUCUGCUAACUUCACACUGUUCCUUAGGCAUCUCGGGAUUUAUAUCAAAAGGCUCUCCACAGCCUGCCGCUGAAGGCGUGAUGUAUGGUGCUCCACUUGAGACCAGAUAUCAGGAUGUUCAGAGGAGAAACCAUCUCUUUGUGUUGGCCCGAGGCCAGUGCUGAGCAAAUUAAAAAGACCGACAUGGGCUUCCACCCUCAUAUCAUUUCAUUCUAAAGCUGCUCGCUUGUCAUAUCCCUGGGGUCCUAUGUUGAUAGAAAUGAAGAGGUAGGGACACAGUUUGUUCUUCAAAAAUUGACUGCACACCUACAUGCUGAGUGACUCUCAGAGAAGGGAUGUCAACAGAAGACUUCUGGGCCUUGGGAUCCAUGGGGAGUCAGCUUUAAGAUCCAAAACCAAAUCAAUUCCUGAUACAUUGGUGUUAAAAGCCCAAGAGGGACUUCCACAUCCUACUGACUCCAACUCCCAGAACUGCAGUGACUUAGAAGAUGCCAAGGAGACUGACAGAGUUGGCUCACAACCCCUGCCUCCAGUGAGGAAUCAUCUCAUUAGGAGUGAAAUGUCCAAGAGACGGGCAGUGUUUCAGGGGAGACUGAGAAGCACAGACGUUCAAACACCUCAUGCUGGCUCUUCACCCCCAGACAAUUCCAGACUGAUUCAAGAUGAAGGUUGAGGGAACAUGCUCACAACUCCUUAGGGAAGCUCAGUGUCAGAAAUAUACAGAAUCAGUAACAGCCUGAAUAGUUAGGUGUAAGGGAUGAUCAAUAGAACCCCUGCUCAAAAACAUCUCCCUUCCUCUCUACUUCUUCCCCAGGUCUCUGGAAUUUUAUCAGCAACUUACUACUUUGGUUCUUAAAGGUUUUAUUUGGUGUUAAAUGAGUCCCCUUACACCCUUGCACAUUUGCCAGAGAGAGGAAAUGCAGCAGUGGCUGUCACAGGCUAACGUCUUCACACAGAGUUUAUUGGAUUACUCUCUAGCCAUGACUUCUAGCUGAGAAGGAAGUCCUGUAUAAUGGGAUCGUGCAGGGGUGGGGGUUAGGGAGAGUAGGAGUAACUAUGGAGGAGAUAAUAGGGCUCCUCAAAGGGAAGCAGGUCUUUGAAAGGCAAAAAGACAAGGAAUCAAAUAUGUGUCAGGAAAUAUUGAAAAAUUUAAAAAUGGCAUACAGUUUCUGUCCUCAAGAAGAUGGGUAGAGUGGAGACACGUGGACUAUAAGUCUUUGGACCAUUUGAAAUAGCUGACAAGAGCAUGAGGCUCAUGAAACAGGACCAGAGCACUGACAGCAUUCUAGGGACUGAAAUAAAGGCUGAAUGCGUGGGAGGGGUCGGGUCAGAGGGAAAGCUGGAGUGGACUGAGGCAAAGAAUACCCUGAUCCGAUCAGAUCACAGAAAGCCUGUCUCCAAGGCUUUCUAUUUCCAUGGUUAGUGCGCCUCCACUGAACAUCAGAACUCCCAUUGAACAUCUCCUGGCUGGGCCUCAGGGCUGGCUGAGGCUGACGACUGCACCUGACUGUGUCACCUCUGGGGAGCAUGCAGGGCUUCCUUCUCGAGUCACCUCCUUCAUCCCCCUCCUCCAUUCUCUACCAAAAGUAAUCCUUCCAUCCUCUCACCACAUUUCACCUGGACACAUCUGAACGAAUUAGUUCUCCUACAACUUUGAAUGAGCCCUUCUGGGCAAGUGGGUAGGUUCUGAGACCUGUGCGUUUUGUAGCCUCAUGGAUGGAACACACAUGGACCCAUCCACACCACACAUUGGCCGAAUCAACCUACCUUGCAGAAGUGCUGAGAUCUCCAGAGGACUGGCCUUGCGAUGAACACCAGCAACAUCUGCAAGACAAAAGCCCCUGAACUUGCACACAAGGACUCAAGGUAACCCAACUCCCGAUCUGAGAGCACCAAAGAACAGUUGUUUCUUAAGGCUGUGUUCUAAGCUAUCUAUAAAAAAGACUGCGACUGUCAUCCUUUGACACAUGAAGUGGAGCCUCUGCACGGUCCAUGUUCUGCUGCACUGGUGGGAACUCAUCAAAGGGCCAGAUGUCAGUGCUGAAAAACCUCAGUUCUUGCCAGGGAAAAACCAUGUUCUAAGGAAGCAGAGUUUGUGUGAUUUAGUUAUUGCCAUAUUUGCCUUCCACCAACCUGUCAUUUCUUUUGUUUUUGAUCACGUGGCUGUUUUUUCUUUCCUUUUCUAUCCUUUCCUUUUUUUUUUUUUUUUUUUGGUCCCCUGGAAGUACUUUCUGGGUUUUGUUUUGCAUUAUUUUUCAUUUAAUGUAUCAAAGAUGAAAAUGUUGGAAAGAAAAGUCUAGACUUUUAUCUGGUGCCCCAUUUUAGAUGUAAAGAUAGUUAGUUAUUCAAUAGAUAGUAAAUUAUUUCACCUAAGAGAUAUUUCCUUUCGUUUCUGUGUAAUAAUAUGUAUGAACUCGGGUACUAGGAGAUUGUAUUGUGACAUUAUCAACCCUUAUUGCUAUUUAAAAAAUGAUAGUUUGUAGAACUGAGGAUCUCCAUUGAUGUGAAGCACAAUUUAAUGAAUAAGUUAACAUAUUAAACUGUUGUGAUGUCAAGAACAA